AUGGUUGCAUGCUUGCUGGAUAAUCACACAGAUAUACAUUUGGUUUCGCAAGUAUACGAACUGUUAAAAAAAAUGUCUUCUAAUCCAGAAACUAAGAACCCAAUUAUUUUUGCACCUAAAACUUAUCAGUACAAUAAAUUCUCCUUAGAUGAAUCAGAACUAUUAAAGAAUCCUAUUGAACUGUUCACAAACUGGUUCUCGGAUGCUAAGAAGGACCCUACGGAAUCGAUUCCAGAAUGUGUAACGUUCUCGACUGCGAAUUUACCAAGUGGUAAAGUUAGUUCUCGUGUUCUGCUGUUUAAGGAAUUGGAUGACCGAGGGUUCACAAUUUAUUCCAACUGGGGUACCUCUGGGAAGGCUGAAGAUAUCAAGACGAACCCAAACGCUGCUAUCAACUUUUUUUGGAAGAAUCUACAGAGGCAAGUGAGAGUUGACGGUUUCACAGAACAUGUCAACAGAGAAACCUCCGAACGUUACUUCAAGACCAGACCUCGUGGUUCUAAAAUCGGUGCUUGGUCGAGUCCACAAAGUCAUGUCCUAAAGGACAGAGAAGAACUAGAAGAAUAUAUCAAGGCUAGUGAAAAGAGAUUUGAAGGUGUUGCAGAUGCUGAUAUUCCGUGUCCAGACUACUGGGGUGGAUUAAGAAUUGUUCCAUUGGAGAUUGAAUUUUGGCAAGGUAGGGAAAGCCGUUUGCAUGAUAGGUUUUUAUAUAAAAGAAACAGUGAAAAUGAACCGUGGGAAGUUGUCAGACUUGCCCCAUGA